AUGAAGGUCUCCGCUAUCGACAGUCUCGUAGCGUCGGGGCAGCGCAUGACGAUGCUUGUGCAGGUCUCCAACGUGGCACAGGUGAUGGUCUCGUUGUGGGCCUCCCUCACUCGGGCAAAAUCGUUACCACAUCCUGAAGAUGCCCCAAAAGAGUCCAAAUUGUCUGGGGCGGAAGAGCAGAAGCAGUUACAGCGGCAGGUCAAGGUGUUAGUAUUGGUGAUGACUCAGCCAAAAAACCACAAAACGAAAGCUAUGUCGGUUCGUGACACUUGGGGCAAGAGGGUCGACAAGCUUCUCUUCAUGAGCAGCAGAGAAGAUGAUUCAUUACCAAGCGUCAAGUUGAACGUGACUGAAAGGUAUGAUCACUUAUGGGGCAAAACUAAAGAAGCCUUCAAGUACGUACACCAGCGUUACAUUGAUUACUACGACUGGUUCAUGAAGACGGAUGAUGACACGUUCGUGGUGGUUGAAAAUUUACGCUACAUGCUCAGCCUCUACGACCCGGAGAUACCGAUUUACUUCGGCUGCAAAUUUAAGAAAUUUAACCCCCAGGCUUUCAUGAGCGGAGGUGGAGGUUACGUUCUCAGUCGCCGAGCAGUAAAAAAAUUCGUCGAGGAAGCGCUUAAAAAACCCAAGAGGUGUAAAGCUACUGAAGAGCAGGGUGCUGAAGACGUUGAAAUGGGAAAAUGCUUGACCAGUGUCGGUGUACUGGCCGGGGACUCGCGAGACGGACGCGGAAGAGGUCGCUUCUUCCCAUAUCCACCCGUUUACCACCUCGUGCCGGGCAAUUUGACCAAGCAGAGAUGGUACUGGAACUACAUCUACUACCCAACAAAAAUAGUGAGUCUUGGACGAGUUGCAUUCGAAGAUGAGGCGAGUCAUUAG